AUGGGGCUGUGGCCGUUCGGCAAGAAGGAGGAGCCCGUGGCAGCGCCAGCUGCUGCUGUUGCUUCCGCUGCGCCGGCGGACGACGCAAAGCCCAAGAAGAAGAUCUGCUGUGCCUGCCCCGACACCAAGAGGCUUCGGGACGAGUGCAUUGCGUUGCGAGGGGAGGAGCACGCAUACUGCGCAGCGCUGAUCGAGGCCCAUAAGGCGUGCCUGCGGUUGGAAGGCUUCAACGUCUGA